CGCGCGAGGUCUGACGGGAGGCGGGUAAGGUGGAAGCGGCAGGUUCGUCGGCUCCGGCGGCAGCGUUGCGCUGAGAUGUCGUGCACAGAGGAACUGUCUGCCCUGGCAGAUGAGGACCUGCUUGACUUCAUUCUGAAGGACGAUGCUCCCUGCCCUGACAUUCUAGGGGAGAAUAACUCUCUGCUGGAAGACUGGGGCGUGCCAGAGCUUGAGCUCCUGGACAAGGAGUUGGAUGACUUCAUCAGCUCCCUGCUGAGCCCCUUUGAAGAAGAACCAGGCAUAGUGCAAGGUUAUUUGCCUGCUGGUAACCACAGCGGCAUUUCUGAGGGUCAGCAUCUGUCGCAUAGCCCCAGCAGUGAUGUUGUCAGCAGCCCUCGGAGCUCAGACAUUGUGCAGGUUGAUCACAACUAUCACCUCCAUGGAGAUUGGCCUGUGCUGGAAAGUGCGAGGUCUGACACGGCAGAAAGACAUUUUUCCAUUGACCUUGAGACAUGGAUGGGUUUGGAAGGCACAAGCAAGGCACUGGAAGAGAGCUUCACUUUCCCCAUUGCUAUUGCUGUGGAUGCUGGACCCCAGCUUGUGCCUGGAGCCAUCGUGCAGUCCAACUUCCCAGAGCUGGUCCUGAAAGAAGAGGAAAGUCAGCUCAUGGAGAAAGAAAGUGUUUCAUUGCCAACCGGUGGGCCAAUGAACAAAGCUGAAGAGUGCCUUCCGAAGAAAGUGCGUCGGAAGAUCCGGAACAAGCAGUCAGCCCAGGAUAGUCGUCGCAGGAAGAAGAUCUACAUGGAUGGCCUGGAAAACAGGUUGGCAGUCUGCACAGCUCAGAAUCACAAGCUGCGGAAGAAGGUGCAUCUGCUGGAGAAGCAGAACAUGUCACUGCUCAAGGAGUUGCAGAAACUGCAGGCCUUGGUGAGACGGUCCACGACAAGAACCACCACAACAAGAACCUGCACCAUGGUCAUGCUUCUGUCCUGCCUUGUUCUUUCCCCCAGUUCCUGCUCAACUGGGAGAAGAGAGCCACAGACGGAGCUCAGAAUGCUGUCGCAGCAGAUCCGUGAGAUCUCAACAGCUGAUGUGCAGAAGGACGCUGUGGUGGAGGGGUUCAGCCCAGACCCUGUGGACAGCUCGCUGUUGGGCAGCCUCCAUCAGUCAUGGGAAGAGGACCAGAGUCUGCCCAACCGCGAUCCCAGAUCCUAUUUCAACAGCAACUCAUCUUCCGACCUUCCAGUAUCAGACCUCUCUGAGCUGGGCCCUCCCAAGCCUCUGGAGCAGGGCUCACAGAGCGACCCUUUGCAGUCAGAGGUGCCAGCGGUGUGUAAACCCAAGAGGCAGAGUCACUCUGCCAGCGUUAUCAUCCAGCAGCACCUUGCUGAUGAAACGUGACCGCCGCCGCCUGGGGGUGACAGCAGGCACCCUGCCAGGCAGGGGCAAGCAGUACCGCAUUAACAGAUAAUCUAUCAAAGCAGAUUCUUCUGAAUACUCUCCCGAUCGCUGACAGCUCAGAGGGUUUACCAGGGAGGAAUGGCUUUAGAGUUGACCUGUUCUGACACUCUGUUUUGUGUAUCUGUAGCUGCACUCUGUCUAUCUGAGAUGGAGUAGGAAGCUCUGGGAACUUUGCUAUGGCUGUUGACAUGGCUUGCAGCGCAGGGUGCAUCCCAUGGCUUGCGGGGAUGGCCUGUGGCAUGGAGGAUGAAGGCAGUCAGGCCUGAGGUGCCUGUACUUGGUCUGACUGGAUGCGGCUGGUGAUGGAGGCCUCUGUCCUGCUUCUUCCCUGCAUGAUUGAAGGUCAACAGGCUGGGUCCUGCCCUUCUUACUGUGUCUGGUAGCCACAAGGAUCUCUCCCUUGUGUCUUACCCUUAAUGCUGCAGUCUCGCCUGAUUUCUAGGUGUGAUAGCAAGCUAACCUUCAGUGCCCUUAGAGGGAGUGGUCCUGCCGUUGCGACAGACCCUCCCUUUUGCCUGUUCCUGCUGUCUUUUGAGCCACAGGCACAGCUCCUGGCCUGGCAAGAGAAGGUAGUGUGGAGUCCUUCCUCAGCCAUGUGUGCCAUUUCCCUUCACUAGGGGCUGAGCCUUUCAUCUCCCACAGUCCUGAGAGUGGGGCGUCUGGGCCUUGGUGUGGAAGGCAUGCCUCGAACCAGACUGCUGAGGGGGUGUGGAGCAGAGAGCAGGAGAGCUGCCUGCUCUUCUGAAGCCUCUGCUGGCCACAGGACAUUUUCGAAGCUGUGUCCUCCCUCAUGUGCCCAAGCUUUGCUGCACUGGCCUGUCAUGCAGUCAGCUGGCUCUGGUUGCUCCCCAGGGCUGAGCAGAAUGGCUUUGAGCCGGUGAGCAGUGUCUUUCCCAGAGCGCAACUUAGUGGUACCUGUUGAGCAUCUCUCCUUAUCCUACUUCAGGACAUUUCAUGUAAUCAUAUAGAAUGGUUUGGUUUGGGAGGGACCUUUAAAGGUCGUCUAGUCCAACCCCCCUGCCAUGAGCAGGGACAUCUUCAACUAGAUCAGGAUAAUAAUAAGUUCCUUAUCAUUAAGGUAUGAAUAAAUACU